UUGGGUCGUCUUAUAUUCAAUUCAUUCAUACUCGAGGUACGCGGUGUCGUUUUACUCUCCCAGGUCAGGUUGACCAACAUCCCAAAGACAUUCUUCCCUCAAUAUCUCCAACCUUCUUAAUCGAUUAGGGUUUUACAGAGUCAUUCAAAUUCAGGUUUGAGAUUUUUUUUUAUAUUUUCCUUCAUCUAUUUGCUCGUUUACUUGUUCAUUGUUAUUGUUUUUAUUUGAAGUUUGGAUUGAAUUUGAGAACCUGGAUAUCAAUAUUGCUGUAUUGAAUUCAUAGUCAGUUGAAAUACUUGUUUUUGGUAUAAAUUGAUAUAAGAAUCAUUUUAAGCUUGGAUUUGGGGUUUUGUGAUUAAAAGUGGUUAUAUUUUUGAGGGUUUACUGAUAAUUAUUUGGAGUGAAAAUGGGGAAACCUACCGGUAAGAAGAUGUUGCAAAGUGGGGUUGAGAAAGUUGUGAAACAGAACAAAGCAGAAAAAAGUUCGAAAAAGUUUGAUGAAGAUACGGCUGUCUUCAUUCAAAUGUCUCAGGAGUUGAAGGAAGAAGGGAAUAGAUUGUUUCUAAAGCGUGACAAUGAAGGUGCGAUGUUGAAGUAUGAGAAGGCUCUUAAGUUGUUACCUGGGAACCAUAUUGAUGUUGCUACUUUACACAGUAAUAUGGCUGCUUGUUAUAUGCAUAUGGGUAUUGGUGAGUACCCAAGAGCAAUACAUGAAUGCAAUUUGGCUCUUGAAGUUGCUCCUAAGUAUAGCAAGGCUUUGUUGAAGAGAGCAAGGUGUUAUGAGGCUCUGAACAAGUUAGAAUGGGCAUUGAGGGAUGUUAAAAACGUGUUGAGCAUGGAGCCCAAUAAUGUCACAGCUCUGGAGAUUGAAGAUUCGGUAAAGAAGGCAAUUGAAGAAAAGGGACUGAAAUUUGAAGAUAUCGAAGCUGUUAUACCACCGGAUUAUGUCGAGCCGUCUGCAUUGAAGGCAGUCAAAGUGUUGAGAGAGAAGACAAAAAAGAGGAGGAGCAAUAGGGUUGAGAAGAAGGGUGUUGAACAAGUCAUGCAAAGCAGGGGUGAAGAGGUCAAGGAAAACAAGGUUGUAAAUGUUAAGGACAACAAGACUAAGAGAGUUAAGGACAAGAGGGUUGAUCAAGUGGAAGAGAAGAAGGUACUCAUUGAGGAUAAAAAUAGCAUUAAAGAAGAAAAACUUGUAACAAGGGUAGUGAAAUUGGUGCUUGGGGAUGACAUAAGGUGGGCACAACUACCUAUUGACUGUAGCAUUGGUUUGGUGAGAGAGAUAGUUUGGGACCGUUUUCCGGGUUUAGAGGGUGUGCUUAUCAAGUAUAAAGAUCAAGAAGGAGAUUUGAUCACCAUCACAACUACUGCUGAGCUGAGGUUGGCUGAGGCUUCCAGUGAUCCUCAAGGUUCUUUGAGGCUCUACCUAGUAGAAGUUAGUUCAGAUAAAGAGCCAUCUUACGAGGGCUUUGUAAGCAACGGUUUUCCCACGAGUAGCUUAAUAUCUAGUGUUUCCGAGAACGGCAAUGUGGGAAAAAACAGGGAAGUAGAUAAAGUUACAACUUGUGUUGAGGAUUGGAUUGUCCAGUUUGCAAGGCUCUUCAAGGAUCAUGUGGGAUUCAAUUCUGAUUCAUAUUUGGAUAUUCAUGAGCUUGGAAUGGAACUGUAUUCAGAUGCAAUUGAAGAAACUGUUACAACGGAAAAUGCCCAAAAGCUUUUCGAUAUUGCUGGAGCGAAGUUCCAAGAGAUGACUGCUUUAGGAUUGUUUAACUGGGGGAAUGUUCACAUGAACAAGGCGAGGAAGUGGGUGGUGUUUGCGGAAGAUGGAACCGAGGAAUCAAUACAAGAGCAGGUGAAGACAGGAUACGACUGGGCAGAAAAAGAAUAUGUAAAAGCAGGAGUAAGGUACAAAGAGGCUUUACAGAUCAAGCCAGACUUUUUUGAAGGCUUUUUUGCACUUGGGCAGCAGCAGUUUGAACAAGCAAAGCUUUCAUGGUGCUAUGUGCUUGGAACCAAAUCUAAUUUAGAGGCUGGACCUUCUGCACAGAUCUUGGAGCUAUACAAUAAGGCUGAGGACAGCAUGGAACAUGGAAUGCAGAUUUGGGAAGAGUUGGAGGAACAACGUCUAAAUGGAUUGAGCUUAUAUGAUAAAUAUAGAGAUGAUUUGGUUAAUUUGGGGUUGGAAGGGUUGUUAAAAGAUGUAUCUACCGAUGAAGCUGCUGAGCAAGCUGCACACUUGAGAUCUCAGAUGUAUAUUUUAUGGGGAACCUUGCUUUAUGAGCGAUCUGUUGUGGAAUUUAAGAUGGGUUUAUCAGCAUGGGAAGAAUCUUUGGCAGCUUCAGUUGAAAAGUUUGAACUUGCUGGAGCAUCGCCAACAGAUCUAGCAGUAAUUUUAAAGAACCAUUGCUCGAAUGGAACUGCUUCUGAAGGUCUUGGUUUCAAAAUUGAUGAAAUAGUUCAGGCAUGGAAUGAGAUGUAUGAUGUUAAACGGUGGCAAACUGGUGUUCCAUCUUCCCGGCUGGAACCACUGUUUCGGCGUCGAGUCUCAAAACUACAAUCUCUAAUGGAACAUCUCUGAGAUUUCCAUGCUCAAGCAUAUCUGUUGCAGUUUCUGAGUACGAUUAUGUAAAAGUACAGUGUGAUUUGGAGCUAUAUGGUUGUCAGGGGUUUUUUGUAGACUUGAAGUUUUGGUUUUUGGCCAUUGGAGUUGAAAGAAGUGAAGAGUUUGUUUUUUGUUUGUUUGAAGCCAUUUAUUCAUCAUCAUAUACACUUUUGCUCUGGGAUUGAGUAAAGUAGUAUACACUAGAGUAAAUUUUGCAACAGAUUUCAGCGUUGUAGAUGUAAAACAUUCAUUGUUUUAGGGUUCUUCUGCUCAUGUUGAGCACUUCUUUGGAAUUGUUCCUCUUUUCAGGAUAUAUGAUUGUUUUUGUGUAC